AUGCCGACAUCCACUCUAUCAACUCUGAAAACCAAGCGCGUCGGAUUCGCCGAUCCGCUCACCUCUUCUCCUGGCCGAUCCAACACAAACACAAACACCCACAAGGACGCGACAGAAGAUAAGGAAAAGCGCAACGUCGACGCAAAGGAUAGCGUCACCUACAAAGGAAUGCCACUCAGCGCUACGGAACUGCUGCACGCUCUUCACAGCAGUAUCGUUGACGAGAUCCUUUCGGAUGAGGUUAGCCGACAUUCCACCCCCUUCGAGGAUUACAGCCAUAGCCCGGACUGGUCCCAGCGACAGACAGAACAAGGGCUAAGCUCACCGGACUGGGAAAUGGGUGACCCGAUAAUACCUCAACCUUGGCUGGCCGCUAGCACGGCGGACGAGUCCAUGUCGGAGUCGGACUCGGACUCCGAGCCUGGAUUCGCAUCUGCACUCCAGUCUCAGACUCAGACUCAGGUCCCGGCCAAUAAUUCCACUUCAGUCAUGGAAGUGGAGUUCACGGAAGUGGCAGAGAAGAGUGCCCCGUGCGCUGCGAUCGAGUCCAUCGACCUGGUGAAAUCACCCACUCCAGAGCCACAACCAUACUUCGAUGCGCGCGAACAUACUGCAAGCCAAAGCCUAGCCGCAGCCGCAGAAGAUAGUUGCAGCGAGUUCGAGUUCGACUCCGACUGCGAGGACGAUUACCAUCAGUUCCCGUCGGUCAGUCGGGAGCCGGUCCGCAACCUCGGCUUCGAGCUUUGCGCCGCGGAGUUCAUGCGGAAAGGCGUGUAUCCGGUUAAGAGGAUGGAGAAGCGCGCGUUCGUCGAUUAUGCGUCGCAGAAGGCCAUGGAGAUUGGGAUGACGGAGGAGGAGUUCGCGAGGAUGAUGAGGGCUCUUCGGGGGGUGUACUUGUUACAGUGGGGGGAAAAGAUGCGAAAGGAUUCCGAGGGGAUCUCAACGGAGAAAUCAGAUGCCAACCCAGUCCACGGACCAGAGGUUAGUCAGGUUGAGCCAGUGGGUCGUCGGCGCAAGGAGUCGGAACUCAUGUCUGCUGAAUCAGGGGCUGUGCAGCCAGACGUCACCCCUGGAACGCUGCAGCCUGUACUCAUCGAAGAGUCUGAGGCCGAGUCAGCCGAAAAUUCAAAGGUCACAGCAGCGGAUGGGUCACAGAAGGACUCUGCGACACCGUUGGAUCAAGUCGCUCUUGAUCCUCCUUCUAUAUCGGCGUCAGCUUCUAAUCUCGAUGCAGCAUCGCCUCCGAAAACUCCAGUCAAGCACGAACCAACCCAGAUGAGUACAAUGCAGACCGACCAGGAGGAGAAGGCGAACGACAAAGGAACUAGAAUUAAAGCGGACAAGAAGACGAAGGCGCCUGUCGACAACUCAUCAGCCAAUGAGAAGAAACGCAAGCACGACGGAAGUCCUAUAAUCUUGGAUCAAGAUCAGCAAGCCAAUACGGUCCUUACUCAGAAGCGUAAGCAAAGGAAGAAGGCACGCCUCUCAUCUGAGAGUCAUCCCUCUUCCGAUCCUGUCGUGAAGCUGUCUGUUCAAAGCAGCGAAACCGCUCGCCAGCAGAACAAGCUGCCAAACAAGACAACAAAGGAUAUGCCUGGGAAUACGUCGAUACAGAACAGUGCUUCGCAAGGCAAGCAAGCGAAUGAGCUUGCGAAGGCCGGUGGACUUGGUUGUGCCAAGCACUUCACUACCGAACCACUCCGAGAUGCGAAAAACCUUGAGAAAUCUCAGCAGCUCAAGGAAGGCACCACUCCCGCCAAGUCUGUAUUACCGAGGAAUGCUACGAAGGGUGACAAUCUUAAGAAGCCUGCAGGCCCAAAGCCGAUGGAGGCCUCCAAACCCUCAGAUUCGAAACCAUCGAAAGAAUCCUGCGGCGUUCAGAAAGGUGGCGAUUCCAAGGUUAUUACAAAACCGAAGCGGUCCAAGGGACGUCAAGAUACCUCCAAUGCUGCCGAUGUCAUCGAUUUGACGGGAGCAGAGCUCCAAAGGUCUAUGGACAAGAAGCCUAACAAAGACUUCAAGCCUCAGUCGGAUUUCAGCGCGAGUUUCCCGCAGCAGAGCAUGCUCAAGUCGAAGCAGGCAAAAUCACGACAGGCAAAUGCAAGGAGCAACCCGAGCACACCCCGUAUAGCGCGGAAGCCAAAAAAAGCUGAUGCGACGGAUUUUCCGACACCGAUGAUUCGCAAAGGCCAGCAACAGCCACCGGCGAUGAGGUACGGUCCAUAUACUUCAUAA